CAUCUGCAAGCCCCUCAAUAAGCCAUCUGAGCUUCUUUUCAGAGUUCACAAGACGACAUAGCUGACAAGUAACGCCUUAGAUAUGACUACUGAUUACAAGUUUGAAGGAUGGAUGGGCGAGGAUGAACGAUCAGCGGAGGGGAAUAUGGUUUGGCAAGAGUACGAGCCGAAGAAGUGGGAGGAGACUGACGUUGAUAUCCGCAUCACCCACUGUGGUAUUUGCGGCUCUGACAUCCACGUCCUCCGUUCUGGCUGGCGUCAAGCUCCAUACCCGGUCGUUGUAGGCCACGAGAUCGUCGGCGUCGCUGUUCGGGUUGGCAGCCAAGCUGAAGGCGGCAUCAAAGUCGGCGACAUCGUCGGUGUCGGUGCUCAAUCCGACGCUUGCCUCAAUCGCAAGUUGGGCGAUGACAACAAGGAGCGCCCUGGCUGCAAUGAGUGCGCCUCAGGAGACGAGAAUUACUGCGCCCGCAUGGCCCCAACGUACGGCUCAAAGUUCCUAUCCACAGGUGAUAAGACACAGGGUGGAUAUGCUCGUUAUCACCGUUGUCCUUCGCACUUUGUCUUCCGCAUCCCCGAGGGUGUUGCACCAGAGCACGCAGCGCCGCUUCUUUGUGGUGGCGUAACUGUCUAUUCCCCUCUUAAGCAAUUUGGUGCCGGGCCUGGUAAGAAGGUCGGUAUCGUCGGCGUUGGAGGUUUAGGUCACUUUGCUGUCCUCUUUGCUCGUGCGCUUGGGGCCGAUGAGGUUGUAGGUAUCUCCCGUAGAGAGAGCAAGAGGCAGGAAGCCAUGGAUCUUGGAUGCACAGAUUAUAUCGCAACGGCGGAUGAGGAGGGAUGGGAAACGAAGAAUUCUCGGAGGCUUGACCUCAUCAUCUCCACUGUCUCGUCUCCCAAGAUGCCUCUCGCUGAUUAUAUCGGCCUCCUACGGCUAGACGGCACUCUCGUCCAAGUCGGGCUUCCUGAAGGCCAACUCCCAUUCCGACCUGGCAGCCUCACCGGCGCACGCCGUAGACUCGCUGGCUCAAGCAUUGGAUCGCCAGCUGAGAUCAAGGAGAUGCUGCAGCUUGUCGCAGAUAAGAAGGUCAAACCUUGGGUUGAAACGCGUCCUAUGUCUGAAGCAAAUCAGGCCAUUGUUGAUUUUGAGGCUGGCAAGCCGCGAUUUCGCUAUGUUUUAGUUAACUAGGAUUUAUCUAAUUACUCUCGGUAAUCAUAAUAAGGCUGUUUAAUAAUACUAAAUAUAAUAUAAAGUA